GAAGCACACCAGAAAAUCCAAUCUUUUAAGAAGCACAAACUGAAUGCCUAUCAGACACAUUGAGACCUGAACAAAUUUUCUACGAAAUUCCUUUUGAUUCUCUUAGCAACCAAACAGAGCAAUGACAAUUGGCGAACAAAGAUAAAACAUAAUUCCUCGGCAACGAAGGGGAUCGGUGAUUCAAGAUCUCGAAUCAAAAACAAAGGGGACGAUUUACGUUGGCCUCGAAGCCUCACGCGUCCGAAUCAACGAAGAACAAGGAAAAAUAAAGGGUCAAGCAGGGUGGCACAUUUGCGGGGAGGGGCGGGUAGGCAGAGUGGUUAAACCCCGCCCCGCCCCGUCCUGUCCCGCCCCGCUGACAUCCCUAGAGGAAUGAUUGUGGCCAAAAAUUUAAAUGUGAACUGAAUUCUCAACACAACGUGGUAUCCAAAACAUUACCAAUGAAUCAUUUGACAACAAAUGGUGAGGCUGGAAUGAGUCUUCACAAACAAAAGGAAAAACUUCCACUUGAAGGUUUUAAUGGAAGAGGUGGAAAUUCGGUGCUAGAUGGAAAUAAUGGUAGAAGUUGUUAUGAAAAUUGUGGGGAAAAAGAUAUAGCAGGAAGUUCCAGCUCUCAGCCUGAUGUCGUAUGUAAAAAGGCAUGGCAGCACAAGGAAAUGACUUUUCAAGAUAUGUAUGAGAACCAAAACCUAAUUGAUGAUGAUGAUGAUGACGAUGACAGUGACUGGGAGCCCCUGCAAAAAGUUGUGAAGUGGUUUUGUACCAAUUGCACGAUGGUCAACUUUGAUGACAUUGUCCAUUGUGAUGUAUGUGGGGAACAUAAAGAAUCUGGAAUCCUGAGGCAUGGCUAUUUCGCCCCUCCCUUGUUACAAGACGCAAAUCUUACUGUCUCAGAGAUGGAAACUAAAGAACGGCAUGAAGAUGGGACAUCACAAAAUUCGGCUCUAAGCAGUUCCACAGCAAUAGGUUUUGAUGAGAGGAUGUUGCUACACUCUGAAGUUGAAAUGAAAUCCCACCCGCACCCUGAAAGACCGGAUCGUCUCCGGGCUAUUGCUGCUAGCCUUGCUAGAGCUGGUAUAUAUCCUGGAAGAUGUUAUCCAAUCACUGCUAGAGAAAUUACCAAAGAAGAACUUCUGAUGGUCCAUUCCUUGGAGCAUAUUGAAGCUGUUGAACUGACAAGCAAAAUUUUUGCUAGUUAUUUCACUCCUGAUACUUAUGCCAAUGGACAUUCAGCAUGUGCUGCUAGACUUGCUGCAGGUUUAUGUGCUGAUCUUGCUUCAGCCAUUGUUUCUGGUCGUGUCAAAAAUGGUUUUGCCCUGGUUCGACCUCCUGGUCAUCAUGCUGGUGUGAAGCAGGCCAUGGGUUUUUGCCUUCAUAAUAACGCAGCAGUUGCUGCAUUAGCAGCUCAGGCUUCAGGGUCUAGGAAGGUGCUAAUUCUUGAUUGGGAUGUUCAUCAUGGAAAUGGUACCCAGGAGAUAUUUAAGCAGAACAAAUCGGUCUUGUAUAUAUCCUUACAUAGACACGAAGGAGGAAAGUUCUAUCCUGGUACUGGGGCUGCUGACGAGGUGGGUACAAUGGGUGCUGAAGGAUAUUGUGUAAACGUUCCAUGGAGUCGUAGGGGAGUUGGUGAUAAUGAUUAUGUUUUUGCAUUUCAGAACGUCGUGCUUCCAAUAGCAAAGGAGUUUGCUCCUGAUUUAACCAUCAUAUCAGCAGGAUUUGAUGCUGCACGAGGUGACCCUCUAGGUUGCUGUGAUGUCAGUCCUGCUGGCUAUGCAACGAUGACAGAGAUGUUGAAUGACCUUUCGGGUGGAAAGUUGCUUGUUAUUCUGGAGGGCGGCUAUAAUCUUCGUUCAAUAUCGUCUUCUGCUACUGCAGUCAUUAAGGUAUUGCUCGGUGAAAGUCCAGAAUGUGAAUUGCAGAAUGUAUUACCCUCGAAAUCUGGUCUCCAAACUGUUCUCGAGGUUGUUAAGAUUCAGAUGAACUACUGGCCUACGCUGGGAUCCAGCUUUGCCAAAUUGCAGUUACAGUGGGGAAUGUACUCACUUGAGAACAAAAGAAAGCAAAUGAAAAAGCGGCGGCGGGUCUUGGCACCAAUUUGGUGGAGAUGGGGGCGGAAACGUCUGUUUUAUCAUCUCUUGAAUGGGCAUUUUCAUAAUAAAAGGAAGAGUUUUGGCUGAUUCCUUGAAUCAGAUCGAUAUGCAGGGUCCCAUUGGCCAUUUCCGAGGGUAUUUGGCAUUUUUUGUACACCAUCUAGUAUCGGAGAAUCUUUUUUCCUUUAACCAGGCUGUUCGAAUGUACUUGUAUCUGCAGCUUUUGUUUUGAGAAUUCCCACCCCGUUUCCCUUUUACCAAUACCUGAUGAACAAAGCUUAACCCAAAGUAGUAGUUUGGAGCUC